AUGGAUUAUACAGACUACAAUGGGACACAUGUGAAAGUUGCUAGGAACUGGUCGUUGAAUGAUUUUGAAAACUUGGACUUAUCACAGUGUAAAUUCCCAAACACACUAUGGCAUGUAAGAUCAGCAACAGAAAUGGCCAUCAAAUCGACUCUCAUGGUCACCGUAGCAGUUAUGGGAAUAUUUCUGAACUCCAUAAUACUGAUUAUCUUGUUCAAGAACAAAUGGCUUCGAUCUCCGAGCAACUAUCUGAUAGGCAACUUGGCCUUCACUGAUUUGUUGAUGCUUGUUCUGUCCCCUUGGUUCAUGCUCAUUAGAGAUUUCCACCAAAAAUUCAUUUUGCAGAACUUUGGGUGUCGAUUUGAAGGAUUUAUGCAAGCUACAUUAUUACUUGCAAGUGUAAGCGCAGUCAUGUUGGUGUCCUACGAUCGUUUAGCUGCAGCCGCCUUAACCACUGAAGCCAGGGUUACUAUGAAAGUAGCCCCGAAACUUGUGAUAGCGUCGUGGCUCUUAUCAAUGGUUUUAUCUAUACCCUGGAUUGUUAAGAGAACUUAUGUAGAACGUCAAUGGUUGGACUAUCUAGAAACAUUUUGCGCAGAAGAUGUUCAAGUGUUGGGUAUUUACUGGCACUUUUUGCUGACUUUGCUGGUAUGGAUCCCACUUGCCGCUAUGGUUGUUACUUACGGCGCAAUAAUGUGGCAAUUAGAACGGAGUAGUCGUGAGCUGUCCUCUCGAGGUGGAGGGCGUUCUAUUGCCAAAGCCAAGAGUCGAGCAAUGAGAAUCACCGCAUUUAUUCUGGCAGUAGCUGUUCUAUGUCGAGUGCCAUACACUGUUCUAAUUUACUGGAAAAAGAAUUUGAAUCCUGAAAUCAACGCGGUAGACGGCAGCUUCAACAUAAUGUGGUUUGCGGCAAAUUACAUGAUGUAUUUGAACAGCGCUGUAAAUCCACUUAUUUAUGGAUUUACUAAUUUGAGAUUUAGGAAAGCAAUGGACAGAACUCGCGGAGUUGCCUGGUUUCGGUUUGGAAGUUGGUGCUGCGUGCGUACUAUGUUCACAAGGAGAAAAAAAGAAGUGUUCGACAAGAAUACGGACAAAAUCUUCGUCAUAGAGAACUCACCACGUCAAAACAGGCAACUUUCACGUGUAAUCAAGAAUAUUUUGCACAUUAACAUGGAUUCUGUAGAGUUCACCAUUAAAGCAGAUGAAGUUACUGCUAAGCCUACCAAAGUGACUCCUUUAUAA